AUGAACGGAAUGUGGGUGUAUACGAACUUAAUAUUUUUGAUUUAUCUCCUCAACGGCGUCGGAGGUAUCGAGGAUCAGUCGUUCUACAACCUGGUUAAAGAUCUUGCAAAGUGGCAAAUUUCACACCCAGAGAAUAAUUCCAUAAGCGACUUUACUAAAACGUCACUGCAAGGGUCAAAGUACAACUUCAAGGCAUCGAUAAAUACAACAGGAAACGUCAACAACUCUAUAUUCACCAUUCAAGGAAAAGACAAAGUGCCUAAAUGGUCAUUCAGUACUGGUCUUUUUGCAAACAAGGCACAGGAAAUGGGUUAUCAAGAUUGCCGUGAAAUUGCAAAGUAUAAGAAAAGACCCAUCACUAUUAUUGAAACUGAGCCCGAAGUUGAAGAGCAAAAACCAACAAAAAAGCCCAAAAAGUCUAAAAAACUGAAAUCGAAACCCAAUGCGCCACCCCAGUGGUUAUUGGAAUCUUCAUCAAGUGAAGAAGAGAGUGAUGCAGAGGGUAAAGAAGUGAACCUUUCUGGCUCUGAGUCGGAUGAAGAUAGUGACUCGUCCAAUAAUGAAGGAAAACUUUGGUUUUUAGGUCUCAGUAUUCUUGACAUGGCCGAUGAAAGUAAACGCACUUCAUAUAAUGAGGAUGCGUUGGUGAAAAAGGUUGGCCAGAACUACCCCGGUUUGUAUUACAAUCAUCGUACCUCACUUGGAGACGACAGGGGCAGAUUUCGUUCGUUCAGAAAUCAUUCAAUUUAUGCAAAAAGAGAAUACGCCGAGGACGACUAUAUGAUUGAAGUAGAAGUUUUUCAAAAAGAUAAAGAUGAAUUUAAUGACAAAUUUGAAGCGUGGCAAGUGAAAUCAAAUAUGGGCACAAGUGAUAAUGUCAAGUUGAAAGUUGCAAAUACCAGCUCGUCGAGUAUUUAUUUCAACCAAUCGUCAAAGGUUUACAUUCUCAGUGAGUCUAAAGCUUCUCGCUUAUGGUGUAUAUUUGGUUUAUACUGCUUCUAA